AUUAGCUUCUCACUUUCAUCAGAACUGUUGGAAGAAGGAAAAAUGCCAGUGCUAUCGCCUGAAAUCAAAUUUGAGACUUCUUAUGUCACCAGAAAUUCCCUUGACAGUUGUAUUCUUUUUGAGGGUAGUUGGAGGAGAGCAGUUUUAGAAACACAAAAGAUGAGGAAAGACUACACCACAACAUUUGGUCUAGAAGAGCUCAAAAAACGUGUCAAAAUGCCAUAUUUACCAGGACCACAAAGUUGCCAAAACAGUGUGGGUUCAUCUCCACUGGCGGUUCACGACAGACUGCUGGGUGCUGAUACUGGGAUGUCUCCAGUCAGGAUAAAGAAGACCAAGGAGACGUGCUCUGUGGUACCAUUUCAGAAGAAAACAAAAGGACUUGAGAGGCUGAGCUACUACUGGAGGGAUAACUGCAGAGACGUGAGCCCAAAACUCUGUUCUGGCUUCAGUGAUCCUCUCACUGGGGCAUCGUCUCAGUACUUACAAAGACUUUCCCAAAUGGCCAUAUUGGAGUAUGAUACCAUUCGUCAAGAAACAACCAGAAAAUCAAAAAAGGGUAAGAAACGAGAACUGCGAGACUGCUAAUAACUCUCAUACGGAUGCUUUCUUCACUGACUUUUAAAGGUGAAACUUUUUUCCCUUUUUCUUUUUCUUUUUUUUGGGUAUGUGAUAUGAUGUACAAUGAUUUACAUUAAAAUGGAAGUGUAAAUAGGAAAUAAAUAUUUUAUGUUGCAUACAGAAUAAUUUGUAUUUUGUUACCAUUACAGAGACAUUUAAGUUAUGGUUUAUGGGGACAUAAGAAAAAUGAUGUCCCAUGCAUUUUAUGCACACUGAUUAUGUUUUUUGAUUCAGUUUGAUAAAUGUUUGCAUGCCUAUCUGUACAAUGACCUUCGCUAAGGAGCUGCAGAAGAUUCAAGAAAAAGCGAGUUCUUGUUGUUAGAAGGAGCCCAAUUAAAACCCCUCCUAUACCCUGCUUGAGUUUGAAACGGUUGUGAGAUAAGCAUGCAAGCAGAUAAAGAUGAAAAUGUUAGCUUUGUGUGCAGAUAACACCUGGACGGGAAAUCCUAGCUUAGAUGUGAGGCAGCCUGCCAACACUGAGCUUCAGAGUUGGGCCCACGCACACACCCAGGGGGGGCUGACGACCUCAGGCUCACAUGCUGUCAGGGCCUUCCCGGCCAAGCAGAACAAGGCUUCUCCGCUGUGUAGACAGGCGGAUCACUGAGGGGGGCAGGAGGGGAAGGUCUAGGUCAGGAGGACAACCCCUCCUCAAGGAAGCCUGAGGAGUGGGGGAGAGGUGGCUGUCCGCACACCUCCCUGAGAAACCAGGGGAAACCCUGGGCUCCGAUGACCGAUCCAGUGGAGAGCGGAACACGGACCAUACGGGAACCACAGGGUGUUAGAGAGGUUCAGACACGGGGCGGUAAAUCCAGCAGGUGAGUUUCGUGGAAGGUGCAGUAUUUGAAAUGGGCCUUAAAGACAGGAAGGAUGGACCGAGAGGACAUUUCUAGAAUGACGGGAUAACAUAAGCAAAGACACACUGUGCGUUGGGGAAUGCUGCACGUGGCCGGAGCACUGCAGAGCGUAGGGCAGGCCCCAAGCCAGCGCCACGCUGAGUGACACUGAUCAGAUGAAGGCUGUGGGGAACUGGGGCCCUCACUGCCAGCUUCAGCCCUUGGUGUCAUGGGGUAAUGUAGGCUCGGCGUGGCCAGCUGUUCCAACUUUUCACAAGAAGCCAGACUCUGGAUUUUUGUGUGAAAUCUUCCAAUGUGUACAUGUUAGCAAUGAAUUCAAAAUUAACAACUAAUCCAAAAUGUAUAAAGCCCUCAUGUGGGCCAAAGAAAGUUAUCCGUGCAAGCUAGAUCCGGCUUUGAGGGGCCAUUCAUUUAUGCAGCCUUGGGGUCAAAGGCAUAGCGGGUGACAGGGCCCGAGAUAACUGGAUGCUCUCUGGUAGAGAGCCUCAGGUGCUGAGUAUGAGUUUGUAUUUUCUGUUUCACAACGGGAGAUUUUCAGAAUGAAAGUAAACUAUUGCUUCUGUGGUGUAGGAAGAUUCGCCCAGGUAUAAUUGGUAGGCUAGAUUGUGAUUGGAAGGGCACUGGCGAGAGGAAAACUGGUGAGGAAGUGUUUAUAAAAAUCAAAGUAAGAAUCUCUCAGUAGAAAGGUGGAACCAGGAAUGGGAAGCAGUGUCUAGAUAACUAGGACAUCAAGACAAGGACUGGAUGGAUCUAGGGCAUCAAGAGAGGAAGAAUCAAAACCAGCUCAUUUCCAGCUUUAGACACGAGAUUGUCAGGAGGAGGUGCUGGUUUUGGAGAAUAACAGGAUGAAUGCAACUUUGGGUGUAUUCAGUUUCAGAUGCCGUCAGAACGUGCACACAGAGACCCAAACAGGUAGUUGAAAGCAGGUGUAUAAUUCUGGAAAAAGAUACUGCCUAGAGUUAGAACUCAGAGAAACAGCUGGUAGCAAAGACCAAGUUUUUCCUGCUAAAAAAGUAGAGAAGAGAGCCCAAAAUCAUAAGAAUUGGCAGGGAAUGGAAAGAAGACAAAAACAGAAGGAAAAAAACCAUCACAGAUGUAGGAGAAUGGACAUAUUCCAUGUCCUUGCAUGCUUUAUUUUAUAUUAAUGUAUAAAAUGCACUAUUAAUAUGUAUGUGUUUGUAUGCAUUGUCACAAUGCAUUAGUUUCUAUGAGGAUAACUAAAUAAACCUAAGUGCAUAUGUUCAUGCUUA